AUGAGCUCCGUUUCCUCUCAGCCUCACUUUGUCUUCGGCCCGCGGAGCGGCGGCCUGGAGCUGCUGGAUGAAAACACGGUGCUUUUCACCUGCGGGAGCCGCUGCGUGAUGCAGCACUGCGCCCAGAGGUGGCAGCGCUUCCUUCCAGGUUCAGAUAGAAGUGUGGGGUUUUGCUCCAUGGCUCUAAGUCCAAACCGCCGUUACCUGGCAGCAUCAGAGAAGGCUGACAAGGCCUCCAUCAUCGUGUUUGACCUGCAGCAUCAACAAGGCAAAAAAAGAAAAGUUCUAACCUCAGGAGAUUUGUUGGUUCAGGAGUUUUUAAGCAUGGCUUUCUCACCUGAUUCCAAGUACCUUAUAGCUCAAUCUGGAGCUCCAGAGUGGAUGUUGAUGAUCUGGUUUGUGGAGGAAAACAAAGUCUUGGCAACAGUGAAAACGACCAUAUCUAAUAACCCCGUUACACAGAUCAGCUUCAAUCCUCACAACAACCUGCAGAUCUGUGUCAGUGGCAACGGUGUGUUUAAGAUGUUUCGCCACUCAGGAGGAGUCCUCAGACAGAGCAGCAUCGCAAAGGUGGAAUCGGUCAACUUACUGUGUCACACCUGGCUGUCAGAGGAUAGAGUUGUUGCUGGAACAGACUCAGGGAGACUGCUGGUGUCUGAAUCUGGGGAGCUGAGGAGAGAGAUGAAGGUGUCCUCUAAAGCUGGUCUAGGCCAGAAUGACAGGUACCUGGAAGUGAGGCGAAUCAAAGAGGGAGAUGCAACAGAAGGCGUGGCGCCCUGUGGCAUCACUGCCCUCCUGUCCUGCUCCAGGGGGUUUCUGUGCUCCACUGGUCCUGGCACCGUUUGUUUGUUUGAAAAGAUGGAGGAGGAUAUUUAUAGGAAAAUCAGAGAGAUCCAGAUUCUUCCAGAUCCAGCUUGCAGUGAUGCGUCUCCAGCCCAGAGUCAGCAGAUAGACACUAUGUGCAUCAGUCCUGCAGAGGAGACCCUAGCUGUCGGCACAGACAGGGGGCAGCUGUACAGCUUCAACCUUUCAUCUGCCAACAUAAAGCAGGAGGGUUUGCUACACUUUGACUUCUUGUCCUCGCCGUUUCACUCCAACACCAUCACUGGUUUGUCCAUCUGCAUCCGGAAGCCGCUUGUGGCCACCAGCUCCUUAGACCGCUCUGUACGGAUCUGGAACUACGAGACCAAAGAUCUAGAGGUGUCCAAGGAGUUCCAAGAAGAGGCCUUCAGCGUAGCUUUGCACCCCACAGGUCUCUUCAUCUUGGUGGGCUUUUCCAACAAACUCAGGCUGAUGAAUGUGUUUAUAGAUGACAUCCGGACCUUUAAAGAGUUCUCCCUGAAUGGCUGCAGAGAGUGUGCUUUUAGCCAUGGUGGCCACAUGUUUGCAGCUGUUAAUGGAAAUGUCAUCCACAUCUACUCUUUCACCUCUUUUGAAAAUACUCUCAAUCUGAAGGGCCAUAUGGGAAAGGUGUGGAGAAUCGAGUGGAGCCUGGAUGACAGCCGGUUGGCAUCUUGUGGGACAGAUGGCGCUGUGUAUGAGUGGAACACACAGACCGGGAGGCAGGAGUCUGAGAGUGUCCUCAAGUCCUGCAGCUACACAGAUCUAGCUUUCUCCUCAGACUACAAGACCAUACUAGCGGUAGGAACAGACCGCACCCUGAGGGAGAUACAGGACUGUCAGGUACUGAGAGAGGUCCCUCCUGAUGACAUAGCCCACACCGCCCUUGCAGUGUCUCACUCUGGAAGGGUUGUCUUCACUGGUACCUCAAGUGGAACUAUUAGAGCGAUUAAAUACCCAUUACCCGCUCAGAAGGAAUGGAUGACACAGCAAGCUCACAGUGGACGUGUCACCAGGAUGGUGAUAACAUACGACGAUCAGUUCCUGCUGAGCGUGUCUGAAGAUGGCUGUCUGCUGAUAUCAAAGAUCACUGACAAAGAGGGUCGUGGACUGAGGAGCAACAGCCAGAUUGUCCACACCGAGGAGAUUGUGGUCACAAAGGCAGACCUUAAGGAGAAGGCUAAAAAAAUGUUGGAGCUGAAGUUGCAUCUGGAGGAGCUGUACAUGGAGAACGAGUACCGACUACGCCUGAAAGAGGUGAACUUCAAUGAGAAGCUUAAAGAGCUGACAGAGCAGUUCACCAAGGAGACCCAGUCUCUGAAAACAGCUCAGCAGAUCCUGAACUCAGAACUGGAGAAACAAAAAUGUGAGACUCAGCAGAGUUCUACAGAAGCUGCUGUGAAACACUCCAGAGACCUGAAAGAUUUAGAGCGUUCCUAUACCACCAAGUUGGUUCUGCAGCACAAAGAGUAUGAAGAUCUACUGCAGAAGCAUGAACAAAUGAAGGAGGACUAUAACAGGCAGCUGAAGCAUGCGGAGGAGAACAAAGCCCAGGCUCUGGUUGAGCUCACGGAGAAGUAUGAGGCCAGGCUGCAUAACCAGACCCGACUCCUGGCUCAGCGUCAGGAAGAAGCUGAGCAGAAGAUCCAGGAGUUUAAAGAAAUCCUGAAGCAGGCGGAGAAGGAGGAGCAGAAGAACAUCCACACCAUCCAAAGCAAGUAUGAGAAGCAGCUCCUCCUAGAGAAGGAGGCCAAGGCGAGGCUGAAGGAGGACGGAGGAGUUAUGACCCAGAAGAUCUACAGUCUCCAGAUGCAGAUUGAUCAUGACUCUGAGGAAAUGAGCAAAAUAAAGAAGGAGCGACAGAGUCUGAUAGGAUUUAUCCGUUCCCUAGAGGGCAACGUUUUGGUCCUGAAGAGACAGAUCUCUGAACAGGAGAAGACCAUCCAGGACAAGCUGGAAGAGGAGGUGGCUGGGAUCACCAAGAGCAACACUCAACUGAAGCUCACCACCUCGGACCUGAGGCUGAAGCUGAAGACCAAAGACAAAGAGGUGCAGAAGGAGCUGCAGAAGGUGAAGAACCUGCAGACACUUCUUGAACGGCUCAGGUCCGACCUCCAUGGUUGUGUCAGCCUCGUCCAGGAGCCCAAAGAACUGAAAGACAACAUUCUGAUGAUUUAUGGCCGAUACGCCCCAGACACUAGAUAAAGGCAGCGCUAUAAGGC